UCUGUGAUCUGACCGCAAGGCCUGAAUUUCCUUCCCUUACUGCUCGUUUCCUUGCAAAGCAAAAGCUGUUUGCAGUGUCAUGGCUUAACCCCAGGUAGCAACUAAACACCACACAGCUACUCGCUCACUUCUCACUGGUGGGAUGGGGGAGAGAAUCAAAAGAGUAAAAAUUAGACAAUUUGUGGGCUGAGAUAAAGACAGUUUAAUAAGUAAAGCAAAAGCCAAGCGCGCAAGCCUUUAGGCAGUUGAGGUCAGCUGUCCCACCUCUGUCCCCUCCCAGUUUCUUGUAAACCUCUAGCCUACUCAUUGGUGGGGUGGGGUUAGAAGCAGACAAGUCCUUAACUCUAUGUACACGCUGCUCAGCAGUAACUUAAAUAUCCCUGUGUUAUCAACACUGUUUUCAGCACAAAUCCAAAACAUAGCCCCAUACCAGCUACUGUGAAGAAAAUUAAUUUUACCUCAGCCAAAACAGCACAUGCAGUUGUCCAGAAAAAUGGACAAAAUAAGAGAUAAAAUACUGAUUGUCUUUAGCAGCAGCAGGAGAGAUGAUCUUUACCAACUGAAGAAUUAAAUUCUAGCCUUAACGAAUAUGCCUUUACCUGGCAAAUGUUAGGAAGGUUAAUAGCCUUAUACAGUGAGAUAAGGAUGCUGAAGAUGUCCUUCUGACAGAUCUCCCUAGAGACUGUUGAUAUACAGUCUUCAUUUUUGUGAGUUGACUUCUAACACAGCUGAUUUUGUUUUAAUUGAAUGGCUAUGCAAUUAAUUGCUUUGGAAGGAUGGGUGGAAAACUAGCUGAAGUAGUUGUUUUGAGCUGCUUCUUACAGAUUCUAGCUAUCAGUUUUAAAAACAAAAGCAACAGAAUGGUUUAAGCAUUUGUUCUCUUAGUGUUGGGUGUUUUUUGUCUUUUGGGGAUUUUUUGGGGGGUAUUUUUUUAAGCAGAUGUGAGUAGAAAUUAUAUAGCUAGAUUUUCUAGCUCAGGUCCAUCUCUAACUGUCUACUUAUCUCCAAGAUUCAGGGCACAAGUCACUACCUGGGUAAAAGGAAAUCAUCAGAUCAGUAGGAUAGAAAUGUACCAGCUCAUAGAUUUUAGUGCUACGUGAGAAGUCAGUAAAUUCAAUUGUUUAUAGGCUUCCUGCUCGGAAGACCUCUGCCGAAACCAAGGGAGUGCCAACAGAAUGCAAGUGGACCUGCCACAAUUUAUUUACAUGUUGUAGGAAGGAACAUGUCACUGAGCUUCUUGAGGAGUGAGCGCAAAGUUCAUAUCACCACCUAUUCUGAUAGUUAGCUGGACUGAUGCCAAGACUGGGUAGGAAAGCUUGAAUAAGAGCAAAGCAAUGCCUCAAAAGAGAGAAAUGCCCUGGAUACUUUACCACACAACUUAAGGGCUAAGCAUUCGGUGGAUUUGCUAGCAGACACCAGAGUUUUCCACUGCUUUCUCAAGCAGCUGUUGGCAUAACCAGGAUUUGGCUUUGUACAAGGAAGAAGGAAAGAAAAGGAACUGGCAAUGGGAGAAACCAGGAAGGACAUUUCUUUCUGUCUAUAAAAUCCACAUUCAAGACAUACGAAAGGGAAGGAGCAGGCAUCCUGGUGGGAGUUAAAAGCACCAUGUGGCUUGAUCCUGAACCCAAGCUCUUGUCUGACCAUGGACUAUGAAGAGUCGGCCCAUGGUGACUUCAGCUUAACAGUUGUGCCUGAUUGAGGACAACGCAAGGAAGAGUACAUGUGAAUGACCUGUCCAUUUGGUCUGUGACUCUACAAACGUCCUGAGAAGGAUGAAUACCCAAAGUGAACCAGAAACCUGUCCACAGUGUGAAGAAAGGAAAUGUGAUGACCUCAUUUAUCAUAAACUGUACUGCUAUGACCUCUACAUCCCAUCUGCCCCUGCACCACGGAACCAGGGACAGAUAGCUGCUGACAGCCUCAUUAAUGAGAAGAUUGUGGAAGUCUUGGAAAAUGAUGGUUACUGCUGCUAUCACGGUUACAGGAAUUUUGUUGGUGGAGAUACCAUCAUACAUGCCAUGCAGAAACCCAUGAAAAUUAUCCCUGUUACACUUAUACCAGUCUAUAAAGACCAAUACUUCCUAAGCCUUUUAGACAUGCUUGUAACUGUAGAUAAACUGAGAAGAAUUGUAUUGCUUUUGUUUGAUGAUAGUUUUACUUUGCCCAGCCUAUGGCAGUGUUGCUUUUCAGUACAAGUCGAUGACUCACAACUUCUGCUCAAAAUAAAGAAAACCAUAGAUCAUCAUAGAAAACUGCUUCCAUUGACCAUAAGGAGACAGAUGGUAUUGAGGGAAAUUGACACAGACUCCAGUUUGCCCUUAUCAUCCUCCACAGGCAGAGACUCCACUUUCAGGAGGUCAGAUAGAUCAAGGAUGUCAUUCAGACCAUACUGGAGAAAUCACUGCACAUCUUCCUUCAGCAACUCAUUUUUGCAGCACAGAGUGCUUCCCUACAGAGAAACUGAAGACAUCCUGAAAGAAAUGUCCAACGUAUCUUUUCAAGAGCUGGAUGAUUACUUUAUGAGAUACUGGGAUGAUAGCAAUGAGUGGAUGAGACAACAGAUCUGUCAGAUGUUAGUCAAAAACAUCAGAAGGGACUUUCUGACUUUCUCUAGGUUGGCAAACCUGGAGAACUUAGAGCUGAAAGUAAGAAAUAUCAUCCAAUGCAACAACUGUGCUUCCAACCAGGAGCUUCGCAUUCAGCAGGAGAAAUUACACUGUUGGAUUCUGGCAGCAAUGUUUGUUCAUGUCUCCACAACAAAUGAUGGAAAGCUGAAGGCUCUGUUGAGGGGAAUGGUCUUUGCAAAAGUCCCUUCUGGGGAGAGGAAUUACGAGUAUCUGUGCCUUAGUGCCUAUCAGAAAAUCAGAAUGGCCAUCUCCAGUGCUGUAAAAAAACAAAUACUCUGGCCAAAUUUCAUAGAAGUGUACCUGAAACACUUGGAAAGUUUUCUUAGGACACUGGAGAAAACAGUGACUUGUGCAAACCAGAGGAUCAUGCAGUUCCAGUUCAUCCAGAAGCAGCUUCAGAGAGUACCCUGGAUGAUAAGACAUAUUUUUAUUCUUGUUCUCACAGAAAAGGUGUUUGAAGACAGACUGCUUGCAGUCAGCCAGCUCUUCCUCUUCCAUGUGUGCACAAAACUGGGGAAAAAGCACUGGGAGAUUCUACUGGAAAUCACUGAGCGCAUCACUGAACAUAUCCAAGCCAGCCGCACGCAAGAGGAAGUAAAAGAGUGCCUGCAUCUGCUCCAAAGCCUGUGGGAAUGGUGCACAAGAACUCCCAAUAAAGAGAAGGCAACCUUGGCAAUGACCAUCCUCAGUCAUUUCUUCCAGAAGUUACUUUACCACCCGCUGAGUGAGGUGAGACACUGCAUCGCACCACUACUCUUUAGCAAGGACGAUGUAUACACACAUGCUACUGAGCUGGGAAACAGAGUGAUCCCAGCUGAUCCCAGACUCGUGGAGGCAGCUCUCCGAGAACAUCUGAAGAUCACCUUCCCUGAUCUUACCUUCAACGGACAGAUGAAGACAAAUGCCAGUAGCAUUGUUGUGCAAGGUAUCACACCUGCAGGCAAUGCAAAGAUCUACAUAGCCAAACAACAAACCCUGAACGACAUCUUGCAGACCAAUGCCACUGACAGUAACUGUGAAAGGUUUCAAGAGGUGAUGAAAAUAGUGGCUCUGUGUCAAGACAGGGAGUCCAUUGCCAAGCUGCUAAUGUCCAGUGCCUGUGGAGUCCCUCCACUGUACAUGAUGGAAGAUGGGAACCCGCUCUUGGAUUUCCUGCAAGAAAAAAGAAAUAAGCUCACUCAAUCCAUUAUAACAGGCAUUUUACAAGAUAUUGCCAGAGCUGUCGGGUCAUGUCACCAGAAAGGGAUCUUACUUUGCAAUGUCACUCCAGCCAGCUUCAUUGUGGUCACAGGUCGACAACAAAGAACUGGGGCGCUGCAAGUGCAGGUCAAGCUGUCUGAUUUCUUCCAGGCCAGGCUGGCUCCCGCAGAGGAUGAGCGAUACCAUUCAGCUACUUAUUAUUCCUAUGAAAACAUCAGAUCUGGCUGCCUCAAAGGAGACAGUGAGGAGCCACUCUCCAUAUAUUUCAGUGCUCCUGAGUCCCUACAGUAUCACAUCUUCUCUGCUACAUCUGAUUCAUGGGGUGUUGCUGCAACAUUUUACUCCGUUCUCCUGUAUGGUGGGAAAACAUACUUUGAGCUCAAGCACUUGUCUGUGCCCAGAUUCAUAGAAGAGAUCUGUCGUGGGCAUAAGGCCCAAAGACCAGACUCAAUUCCUCUGAAACUGUGGGACAUAAUAGCCCCCAGCUUGGAGCAUGAUGAGACAAAGCGUACAUCCAUGGAGGCACUGGCAGAGCGCUUGGAAAACUACAGGAGCACCCUGGGAUCAGAUCUGGACAAGCUGCAUGAGAUAAUGAACCAGUUCUCUCCCAUCGGCAAGGAAAUUAUUAUGGGCUACCUUGACAGCAAAGGCACCUUCAAGAAGAGUUAUCUACCCAACAUAUUUCCAGAGAAGUAUGAAGACACUGUUGAGCAAAAGGGUGACUGCUUGUGGGAGCUGGUGUCACACAAAAUGAACCACAUGACCAAGAUGGUUCUUCAAGAACUACAGCACGAGAACAUACUGCCAGUAAAAGAAAUCAUGCACUACUACCCCAUGACGACUACGCUGGUCUCCAAGCCUUUUGAUGGCAACCCAAAGUCCCUAAUAGAAGUUGCUGCAAGUCCUAGCAUGGAUGAUAUCAAACUUCUCACUUGUUUGGAGCAGGUGGCUUCUGCCAUGGAGUAUCUUCAUUCCAGGGGUAUCAUACACUGCGACCUACAAUGCAGCUAUAUUUACGUUAAUUCUGGUGACAGUUGCCCAGAGGUGAUAGCAAAAGUUUGUCGCUGGGGAAGAGCAGUCUGUCUGCCACAUCCAGGAACAGAUGACAAUCUCUUUGAGCCUUACGUGCGCAAAAUUAUGCCAGAUGAUGCAGCCAAAUGGGCUGCCCCAGAAGUGAGAAAUGAUGGGCUCUACUCCCGAGCAUCAGAUGUCUUUAGUUUUGGCAUUAUGAUAUGGGAAGCUUUGACGGCACAGCUGAGCAAUUUGCACAUGUACAAACCACUGAAACCUUUCCACUCACUGAACAGCAGAGAGGUUCUAAAAUUUACGGAGUUAGGAAGCAUUCCUGGAGAUUUUGGCUUUCCAAACCUCACGAGACUGAUUGGGUGCAUGAAAGUCUGUUGGAAUCACAACCCUACUAGGAGACCUGCAUUUUCUGCCAUAGUAGAUACAAUCAAACAGGAAAUACAAGACAGGGAAUCGGAGGCUGCCAGGCUUUCAGCAGUGCGUUCUGAUGUUGACAUGCAAGACUACGACUCUGUUUACUUUGGGAGCAAAGCCUCAGAGGAGGAUUCCUCCAACAAUAUCUAUGAUACACUUCUAGAGCUGGACCUUGAUCCCCCACAGGCUGCUGGCCAUGUGUUGGACCCUGGUGAUUCCCACCUAGUCCAGCUGUUAGAAAGGAAUGAAUUGUACUUCUCCAAGAAAGACAAAUGGGGAGAGAUGGUAUGUGAGCUUGAGGCAAAAAGAGGAAUAGACAGGAGCCCAACCACUUUCAAGGAAACUGAAUGGUAUGGUGAUACUGGCAUUAAGUGGCAUUAAAAAUAAAACCGAAACAACGAUGGAAAAAGCAAGAUGCUGGACCUCUGCAAACCUAUGAUUCUUGGGAGAUGAAAAAUCCCAGCAUGCUCAGUGCCAGCCAGGAGAGGGCAUUGAGAUCACAUAAUGCUCAGCGGAGCCUGAACAGCUUACACUGUCAUUGGUAGGACCCAACAGCAAAAUGACAUGCUCUUUCCUGCAUUCUCCCAUUCUGAACAGACAUUAUUAACAACCAGUUUGGGUUUGGGUUUUUUUCCAAAGGGCACCUACUAACCUUUCAAUGGGCUGUUUAAUAAUGACACUAUUUCCAAACACUUUUCCACAUUAUUUCUCCUCUGGCAAGGACAAUGCAUAUGGUGGACAGGAACUCAGCCACUUCCCAUAAACUACCUCUGUGACUGAACUGUAAGGACUUUGCUUCUGUUUACUUUUAAAAGAAUUAUUGUUAACAUGAUCUUUU